AUGGCGGGCGGCGGCGCGAGGACGCAGAAGAACAAGGCGCACAAGUCGCGGUUCGGCGCCAAGAGCCAACGCGCCUUGCACAAGGUCGCCAAGGCGUCAGACGGCGGAGCAGCAGGGGCAGCGCGCGGGGGCGCGAAGGGCAAGGGGAAGGGCCAUGGCGCCGUCGCCAAGGCGGAGAGGCUCAACCGCAACAAGCUGCUGCGGGACAGCAAGCGAGCAAGCGUGCUGGCGGCCAGGCGGGCACUCUCUGCUUCCUCCACGCCGCCCCGUAUCGUGCUGCUGAUUGGUUUAUCUCGCCAGGUGGACGUGGCUCACCUGGCGGAUACGUUCGUUGAGGCAUACGCUGCCUCAGGUGCCUCUCAGGUGGGUCUCUGA